AUGGAGGAAGAGGUUGCCGCUCUCGUCAUCGACAAUGGUUCGGGUAUGUGCAAGGCCGGUUUCGCCGGUGAUGACGCUCCCCGAGCUGUUUUCCCUUCCAUUGUCGGUCGUCCCCGUCACCAUGGCAUCAUGAUUGGUAUGGGUCAGAAGGACUCUUACGUCGGUGACGAGGCUCAGUCCAAGCGUGGUAUCCUCACCCUGCGAUACCCCAUUGAGCAUGGUGUCGUCACCAACUGGGACGAUAUGGAGAAGAUCUGGCACCACACCUUCUACAACGAGCUGCGUGUCGCUCCUGAGGAGCACCCUGUCCUGCUUACUGAGGCUCCCAUCAACCCCAAGUCCAACCGUGAGAAGAUGACCCAGAUUGUUUUCGAGACCUUCAACGCCCCCGCCUUCUACGUCUCUAUCCAGGCCGUUCUGUCUCUUUACGCCUCUGGUCGUACCACCGGUAUCGUCCUCGAUUCAGGUGAUGGUGUAACUCACGUUGUCCCUAUCUAUGAGGGUUUCGCUCUUCCUCACGCCAUUGCUCGUGUUGACAUGGCUGGCCGUGACCUCACCGACUACCUGAUGAAGAUCCUGGCUGAGCGUGGCUACGCCUUCUCCACCACUGCCGAGCGCGAAAUCGUCCGUGACAUCAAGGAGAAGCUCUGCUACGUCGCUCUCGACUUUGAGCAGGAGAUACAGACCGCUUCUCAGAGCUCUAGCCUGGAGAAGUCCUACGAGCUUCCCGACGGUCAGGUCAUCACCAUUGGCAACGAGCGAUUCCGCGCCCCCGAGGCUCUGUUCCAGCCUUCCGUCCUCGGUCUCGAAUCUGGCGGUAUCCACGUCACCACUUUCAACUCCAUCAUGAAGUGCGAUGUUGAUGUCCGAAAGGAUCUGUAUGGCAACAUUGUUAUGUCUGGUGGUACCACCAUGUACCCCGGUCUCUCCGACCGUAUGCAGAAGGAAAUCACCGCUCUUGCUCCUUCUUCCAUGAAGGUCAAGAUCAUUGCUCCUCCCGAGCGAAAGUACUCUGUCUGGAUCGGUGGUUCUAUUCUGGCGUCUCUGUCUACCUUCCAGCAAAUGUGGAUCUCGAAGCAGGAGUACGACGAGAGCGGUCCCUCGAUUGUCCACCGCAAGUGCUUCUAA